UUAUGCAGCAAAAGUGAAAGUAAGACAGACCAGGAAACGUUUAAGACGUGUACGAGGCUGUAAGAUUAGAUUUUUUAAAAACAUCGACUUCCUAACACAGAGAGAACCCCACUAAACCUCACUGAGGGAUAAUAAGCUGUCAUUGUGCCAUACAGGAAAGUCUGUUACCGAAGGCGCUGAACAGCUGAUGGAGUCUAUCAUCAGAGACUUUGAGACCUCUGUAUCACUGAAGUUGGGUCUGUGUGCAGAAUAUACAGAAGUAAGACCACAUGGCUUCUACAACACGGUCUGCCUCAGAUUACGUCAAGAAUCACAGAUCCCGCCUUGUGGGAAAAUUAAAGAAUCUCUCAGUGAUUCUGGAGAACUUGAAUCAGGAGAACUCGGAUAAGAAACAAGUUUUAAGUGAUGAGGAGGUCUGUGUAAUAGAAGCAGAGAAAACUGACUACAAUAAAACCAGAAGAAUACUGGACUCAGUCAUAAAAAAGGGGGCAGCAGCCUGCUAUGAGUUCCUCAGGAUUAUUUACAUGACGAGGAAGAGGACAUUAGAUCCUGACCUGUACCACUGGAUCAGCUGCUUUCCUUUCAAGGAAGACCCACAAAUGGAUACAAGCUACUUACAAGGCUCAAGGCCGUGCCACCGAUAUCAGGGAAAGUUGAAGUCAAAAGCACAAAAACUAUCAGAUAAGUUUUGGAUGGCAAACAAAAAUCUGUUUAAAGGAAACAACAAGUCUGAUCUGUCGUACACAUCACUUGUGUUGGACACACAAGGAAAGGAUUCUCCAUCUAAAAUAAAGAAGUUAAAGAACAAGAAAAGCAAGAUGAGUCGCAAGAAAAAGCUACGGACAUACAUCCCUGAGGACAAAGCAGACAUUUCCCCCAUUGAUCUGCUGAAAACACAUCAAAACAUACUCCUGGUUGGUAAACCUGGAAUUGGAAAGACAGCACUCGCUCAUGAAAUGUUAAAACUCUGGGCAGAAAGAGACAACGAGACGCUCGAUUACAUGUUUUACUUUGACAUGAGAGAAACAUCCGACAUCAGGAAGGACACGAGCUUGGAGGAUCUUCUCUUCAGUGUGUUCAGUGAACCAGAUGAAGGCAAAGAAGAGGUCUUACAGGACAUUAAGCAGAACUCUGACAAUGUUACACUCAUCUUUGAUGGAGUCACAGAUCUGUCUUCAUCAGUGGUGAAGAGACUUGUAGAGAAGGACCUACUACCUGAUGCUAAAGUCAUCGUGACUUGCAGACAGGAUGAUGACGAAGAGUUUGUUUCUGAGGACUAUCUCAGAGUGGAAGUGAAAGGCUUUAGUGAGCAGACUAUAAAAACAUACUUAUUUGCAAUGCUCGGUGAAGAACAGAAGAAGGUUUUGAGCAAUGUGGAGUUGUUAACUCUGUGCCACGUCCCAAUGUAUGCACUGAUGGUGGCUGUCUGCUUUUCAUUUGAGACGCCAGAAGACUCUCCACAGCCAUGCACCAUUACUGAAAUCUACAUCAAUAUCGUUCGUUUUUGCCUUCAAAUGAACAGCAGCAACACAAAAGAGAAAGAUCUAAAUCCCUUCAUCAACUACAAGAGUAAGGAAAUACUGUCUUUGGCUGAGGCUGCUUUUCAUGCAACUGAAGGAAAAACUGUGAACUUGACAGAACAUCCCUGUAAGGACAGCUGUGUCCUUGGCUUUCUGAAAGCACUUUUUAUCAAAGUCGCCCACACUGAGACAAAAGCCACAUGUGCAUUUCUCCAUUACACAAUGCAGGAGUUUUUUGCAGCUCUGUGGCUCUUGAAGAAUCCAGAAAAGAUCAAGGAAGUUUUUCAGCAAUGCCUCACUGAGGAGAAGAAACACAUGAAACAUCUGAUCCCAUUCAUGUGUAGAUUGUUGAAUGAGAAGAGCCCCAGUUUGAUGAAUUGUCUGAUUCUAGCUCAGGAGCUCAAGAAUACAUCUAAAUGGUUCUUCAAGGAAAUGAUAACCACAUUUUCCAACAGUGGGCUUAAGGUGGACAUACUCUUCUUCUGCCAGUGUUUGUAUGAGUCCCAGUGUCCUGAAGCAUGCGCCCACCUUCUGGACAAACUGGGCUACCAUCUUGAUCUGAGUGGAGAGAGUCUCGAUCCUUACCCUUGCUGUGCUGUGGCCUAUGUGGUCACUCAGUCAAAGGAGAGGAAAAUAUCCCUGGACCUUGAGGACGUCACGGUGUCAGAACAAGGAAUGACACGACUAUUUGGAUGCCUUGAAAAUGUCCAAUGGUGUGACCCUCUGCCACAGCAGCUGUGGAGGAUUUGUCUUCUCAGUGAAGGGCAGAUGGACCCCAUCAGCUUACUUGGCCUUGAUGGAAAUCGGCUGCACCUUCCAGUUGAGGGUAAAAGACAGCUGUUUGAAAGAGCAGUCAAAGUCAUGCAGAAGAUUACUACGAAGGUUAAUGUCUGCCUCCACUGGGAAAGGAAAACUCCUGUCUGCCAGAGUCUGUGUGAGUCUCUCAUUGAGGCUCUGCCUUACAUCAGCUCACUCAGCUUCAGGAAGACCUACAGAGGUCCAGGAUCUCAGAACCAGGAGCAAAGCCACGGGACACUGGAGAGAGAAGAAAAGCAGCUGUUACUGGAUUUAUGCCUGAAAGCUGCAAUUCACGAAGGAGAACGCUUUCACAAUGUAGUGAAUAUGCUCAUCUCAUUGUUUUCUGUUAGCACGGACUUACAUAACAUCCUUCUUGAUUUUUAUCAUCAUGUCAAGAGUGAAGGGUUUUCGGAUGUCAUUCCAAAACUCAGUCCACUUUUCCAGUCAGCUGCUGCAGUCUGGAUCAUAAACCUCUCAGAGAGAAAGAGCUCCAUCCUCCUGGAAGUGCUGAAACUCCAAUCAGAGAAGAAACAAGUGGAGCUGACAGGCUGCUCAGAUGAAGAGAGUGAAGUGAGGAGUUUCCUACAGUGUCUGCCUUAUAUCUCACAGCUCGGUGUUUCUCGGUGGUCAGAUCUUUCUAAAGGAAUCAGGUUCUUUGUGAAUCUGUUCUGUGCAGCAGCAGAGAGAGAACAGCAGACAGGAGAGAAGACACUGGAGCUGUUAUCAUCAGUGUGCAGAUAUCAAACAUUCCCUUUAAAAUAUGAGGAGGAUUAUGAUGAUGUCGACUUAAAUGAAUAUCAGAGUAAUUUCCUGCUGGAUCUGUACUCCCACCUGAAGGACUAUGAGACUAAAACAGGUCUGAGUCUCCUUCCAUCAUUACAGUCAGUUUUCCAGUCAGCUCCUGCAGUCUGGAUCAUAAACCUCUCAGAGAGAAAGAGCUCCAUCCUCCUGGAAGUGCUGAAACUCCAAUCAGAGAAGAAACAAGUGGAGCUGACAGGCUGCUCAGAUGAAGAGAGUGAAGUGAGGAGUUUCCUACAGUGUCUGCCUUAUAUCUCACAGCUCAGUGUUCCUCGGUGGUCAGAUCGUUCUAAAGGAAUCAGGUUCUUUGUGAAUCUGUUCUGUGCAGCAGCAGAGAGAGAACAGCAGACAGGAGAGAAGACACUGGAGCUGUUAUCAUCAGUGUGCAGAUACAAAACAUUCCCUAUAAAAGACUGGGAUUUUAAUGAAUAUCGGAGUUAUUUCCUGUUGGAUCUGUGCUCCCACCUGAAGGACUAUGAGACUAAAACAGGUCUGAGUCUCCUUCCAUCAUUACAGUCAGUUUUCCAGUCAGCUGCUGCAGUCUGGAUCAUAAACCUCUCAGAGAGAAAGAGCUCCAUCCUCCUGGAAGUGCUGAAACUCCAAUCAGAGAAGAAACAAGUGGAGCUGACAGGCUGCUCAGAUGAAGAGAGUGAAGUGAGGAGUUUCCUACAGUGUCUGCCUUAUAUCUCACAGCUCAGUGUUUCUCGGCGGUCAGAUCAUUCAGAAGAAAUCAGGUUCUUUGUGAAUCUGUUCUGUGCAGCAGCAGAGAGAGAACAUCAGAAAGGAAAGAAGACACUGGAGCUGUUAUCAUCAGUGUGCAGAUAUGAAAAACUCCCUCUCAAACAGAAAUGGUGUGAUUUCCUGCUGGACCUGUACUCAAAUGAUCCUGAAACAGGUCUGAGUCUCCUUCCAUCAUUACAGUCAGUUUUCCAGUCAGCUCCUGCAGUCUGGAUCAUAAACCUCUCAGAGAGAAAGAGCUCCAUCCUCCUGGAAGUGCUGAAACUCCAAUCAGAGAAGAAACAAGUGGAGCUGACAGGCUGCUCAGAUGAAGAGAGUGAAGUGAGGAGUUUCCUACAGUGUCUGCCUUAUAUCUCACAGCUCAGUUAUGUUCCUGAUUGGUUAGAUGAUCAUUCAGAAGAAAUCAGGAUCUUUGUGAAUCUGUUCUGUGCAGCAGCAGAGAGAGAACAGCAGACAGGAGAGAAGACACUGGAGCUGUUAUCAUCAGUGUGCAGAUAUCAAACAUUCCCUUUAAAAGACAUGUAUGAUGAUGAAUAUCAGAGUGAUUUCCUGCUGGAUCUGUACUCCCACCUGAAGGACUGUGAGACUAAAACAGGUCUGAGUCUCCUUCCAUCAUUACAGUCAGUUUUCCAGUCAGCUCCUGCAGUCUGGAUCAUAAACCUCUCAGAGAGAAAGAGCUCCAUCCUCCUGGAAGUGCUGAAACUCCAAUCAGAGAAGAAACAAGUGGAGCUGACAGGCUGCUCAGAUGAAGAGAGUGAAGUGAGGAGUUUCCUACAGUGUCUGCCUUAUAUCUCACAGCUCAGUGUUUCUCUGUGGUCAGAUCUUUCUAAAGGAAUCAGGUUCUUUGUGAAUCUGUUCUGUGCAGCAGCAGAGAGAGAACAGCAGACAGGAGAGAAGACACUGGAGCUGUUAUCAUCAGUGUGCAGAUACAAAACAUUCCCUUUUAACGUUGAGGAGGAUUACGAUGAUGACGAUGACGACUUAAAGGAAUAUCGGAGAGAUUUCCUGCUGGAUCUGUGCUCCCACCUGAAGGACUAUGAGACUAAAACAGGUCUGAGUCUCCUUCCAUCAUCACAGUCAGUUUUCCAGUCAGCUGCUGCAGUCUGGAUCAUAAACCUCUCAGAGAGAAAGAGCUCCAUCCUCCUGGAAGUGCUGAAACUCCAAUCAGAGAAGAAACAAGUGGAGCUGACAGGCUGCUCAGAUGAAGAGAGUGAAGUGAGGAGUUUCCUACAGUGUCUGCCUUAUAUCUCACAGCUCAGUGUUUCUCAGCGGUCAGAUCUUUCUAAAAGAAUCAGGAUCUUUGUGAAUCUGUUCUGUGCAGCAGCAGAGAGAGAACAGCAGACAGGAGAGAAGACACUGGAGCUGUUAUCAUCAGUGUGCAGAUACAAAACAUUCCCUUUUAACGUUGAGGAGGAUUACGAUGAUGAUGAUGAUGAUGACGAUGACGACUUAAAGGAAUAUCGGAGAGAUUUCCUGCUGGAUCUGUGCUCCCACCUGAAGGACUAUGAGACUAAAACAGGUCUGAGUCUCCUUCCAUCAUUACAGUCAGUCUUCCAGUCAGCUGCUGCAGUCUGGAUCAUAAACCUCUCAGAGAGAAAGAGCUCCAUCCUCCUGGAAGUGCUGAAACUCCAAUCAGAGAAGAAACAAGUGGAGCUGACAGGCUGCUCAGAUGAAGAGAGUGAAGUGAGGAGUUUCCUACAGUGUCUGCCUUAUAUCUCACAGCUCAGUGUUUCUCGGUGGUCAGAUCUUUCUAAAGGAAUCAGGUUCUUUGUGAAUCUGUUCUGUGCAGCAGCAGAGAGAGAACAGCAGACAGGAGAGAAGACACUGGAGCUGUUAUCAUCAGUGUGCAGAUAUCAAACAUUCCCUUUUAAAGAUGAUGAUGAAUAUCAGAGCGAUUUCCUGCUGGAUCUGUACUCCCACCUGAAGGACUAUGAGACUAAAACAGGUCUGAGUCUCCUUCCAUCAUUACAGUCAGUUUUCCAGUCAGCUCCUGCAGUCUGGAUCAUAAACCUCUCAGAGAGAAAGAGCUCCAUCCUCCUGGAAGUGCUGAAACUCCAAUCAGAGAAGAAACAAGUGGAGCUGAGAGGCUGCUCAGAUGAAGAGAGUGAAGUGAGGAGUUUCCUACAGUGUCUGCCUUAUAUCUCACAGCUCAGCUGUGAUCCCGAGUUCUUCCAGAGAGUGUGUUCACUGAUCUCUGUCAGAUCCAGAGAGGAGGCCGAGCAGUUGGCCUCUGUGCUGCAGCUGCUGGGCUUCAGCCUGCUGUUAACAGGAGACUUACGCAGGAAAACCUGCCGGUCUGUGGGGACAGUUGUCAGACUUUGUGGCUCUGAUGUAAAUCUCAUCCUCACACCAAGAAAGAUGUCUGUCAGAGGAGCCUCCCUCCUCUUUAGACGUACAACACAACUUCACAGUCUGAAGCUUUCCAUAGACAUGACCUUGUUAAUGUGUCGAUGGGUCAGAAGAGGGAGAGUGGCCUGUCGGCUGACUAUGGAAGAGCUUUCUCUCUCCUCUCAGACUGCCCAGCCAUCAGAGAGAGUGUUGUUGAAGGUUGUCAGUAGUUUGGCUUCCCUGCUGAGAUACUGGACAGUCAGACGGUUAGACCUGACGGAGUUCUGUGUUCCUGCUCAGGGUCUCAUUCCUCUGCUGCUUCAUGAUGGUCCUCUAACAAUCAAACUGAGUGAGAAGGUUUUGCAGCCGCUACUCUCCCUCCUCCAUGAAAUCCAGGAUGAGGCCUUGACCCGUUCCUUCUUGAGGAAGGUUGGUGGAGAGCUGACGUCCUGCUGUCUGAACUGGGAGCUCCUUCACUAUCUGCUGCUGCAGUCGUCAGCUCACACCAUCACUGUGAACAUGAGGAAGAACCGCUUCUUACAGGAGAGCGUCACACGUCUGCUUCCCUUUCUGGACAGGAUUGUGUUCAAAAGACCCUGUCCCAGCUUUGUGUUGACCACCAUCAGAGAGAUCUAUAAAGCUGGAGCCAGUCCCGUUAUACCCAGUUUACUGAGGUCAUUGGAUGAUGUCAUCAACCUGACCUGCAGAGAGAUGGACUCGGAGGACUUUGCUGCUCUGCUCUUCACCCUCAGACACAGUGACCGAGUUCAACUGAACCUCACGUGGACCUCCAUACCAGCAGGGGAAAUAAAGUCCAUCCUCUUAAUGCUGGACAAAGUCUCUCAUCUCAGUGUUGACAGGAAUCAGCUGCUGAGGUUGGUCCACUGCUGCGCUGCCUCUGAGGCCCAGCAGGGGGCAGCAGCCGACCUGCUCAGGACUCUGCAGCACAGGCUGGAUCUGUCCUGCUGCUCCAGUGUGGAGCUGGAUCAUCAGAGUGACUCUCUCAGUCUGACUGCUGAGGACUGCAGGGCCGUCUCCACCAUCCUGACACACAGCAGCAGAGACACACAGCUCAUCCUGCAGGACUGUGAGCUGGAGGACAGCGGCCUGGACCUGCUGUUUCCUGUCUUGCACAGAGUCCGUCUCAGAGCCAGUAAAGCUGUCCUCCUCCGGCUGGUGUCCCUGGUUCCUGUGAACAGUGAGAGGGACUCAGUGAGACGGGCAGUGUCCCUCCGUACAGCCCUGGAUGGAGAGCUGGACCUCAGUCACAGCACACUGGAUCAGAGGGCCUGUGGAGCUCUGGCCCUGAUGCUGGACUUCAGUGAAGAGCUGCCAGAGCUGGACCUGAGUCACUGUGGACUCACUGACCAGCUGCUGCUCACACUCAGCGCACAUCUGCACAAAGUACAAGUCCUGGACCUGAGUCACAAUAACAUCACGGAUGCUUCAGCUGACAUGUUACUGCGACUGUCCAUCAACCCCUCCACUGACACCGUGCGACUCUUUGGGAACAACAUUGUGGACAGAACCUCCUUUAAGGAAGACCAGCGCUUUGAGAUCUGGUGAAGCAGUCGUCAGUGUGUAAGAUCUCCUUCUACCACCUCAGGAACAUUUCCAAACUCCAUCUCACACUCUGUCAGAUGCAGAAUAACACUGUCCACAGCUUUGCCUCCUGAAGGUGGGACUACUGUAACGUUCUCGUCAUCAGGACUUCUAGCUGAGCCUUCGAGAACUUCACUACAUCCAGAACAGCGCCGCUAGGAUUCUAAUGAAGGUACGAAAAUACCACCACAUCACACCCAUCCUUCACUCUCUCCACUGGCUUCCUGUCUCGUUCAGGAUCAAGUACAACAUCUCGCUGCUCACCCAUCAGUGUAUCCAUGGAAACGCCCCUCCCUACCUCACACCACAAACCUCCUGACGUGACCUCCGCUCCAGAAACAAAGUCCUUCUUCUGCUCAGCCGCUCCUCUUCUGUGGAGUUCCUCCCAGACCACCUGAGGGCUCCUUCAGGGACACAAACAUAUUUCUCUUUCAGAAAGCCUUCUCCUAAACUUUGUAUUUUUAUGCUCCUGUUUUUUAAACCUGUUUUUAAUAUUGUUUACUCAUUAAAUGAAAAUAUGACUGUAUUGCCGGUACUACUACUGUCUUUGACGUCCGUUUCUGUGAAGGCCGAGAGCAGCCGGCAGUGUUUGAUAAUAACAAUCUGGAGAUCAGGAUUUAUCUCUUUUAUUUAUGAUGACUGAGAUUGUUCUGUUGGGAUCAUCUUUAUAAUGACUGUUUUUGUAUUUUGUGAUAACACGUCAGGAUCUCAGGAGAAUUAUCUUAAAAUGUGAAUAUGAGUAUGAUUUUAGUUUUGGUUUUAAAGAGACUGACUUUGUGUCAGGAACAGACCUCGUUCUGAGACUCGGUGACCCAGGUUCAUAUUUUCUGGAAAUGCAAUAACUAUUCUAAAGUCUUGUGAAAUGUAGAGCUCUAAAUAUGUUCAAUACAUACUUGAUAUGAAAGGGUCAAACGCCUGCAGCCACAUUAAAUGUAAUGCUGUAUUUUGACAUAUGUUUGAUUUACAGUAGUUAUUACAAUCAUGUUAGAGAGUAUUCAUCUUUUAUAACAGAAACCUACUGGUUCAUAAGGUCUUUACAAAAGUUGUUUUUGGAAAUAAUCUGAUUUAUGCAGCAUUUAGAAGUCUGUAUCUGUUGAGAAUGAAGCGUUUAAAGUGAACAACUGAGUUUGAACUUAAAUAAAAUGUGUCUUUACUCUUCUUGUCCA